CAGCGGCGGGGCCGCGGCGCCGGGUGCUGGUGCUGAUGGUGCUGGUGGCAGCGGCGGGGCGGCGGGGCCGGGGAGCGGCGGGGGGGUCACGGCGGCGGACACCGGGCACCCCGAGCUCCCCUGGACCCUCCGGGCCCCCCGCCCGCCCGCUUCUGCUGCUGCUGCCGCUGCCGCCGUCGCCGCUGCCGCCGCCGCCACCCCGCGUCGCGCCCGCCACCGCCGCCCGCCCGGAGGCUUUGCCCCGGGGGGGGCUGCCCAUGAAGGAGGAGCCGCUGACCGCCGGGCUGCCCUCCGUCCGCUGGCUGCAGGGCACCGGCAUCCUGGAUGCCAGCACGGCGGCACAGAGCGGGGUGGGCCUGGCCCGAGCCCACUUCGAGAAGCAGCCCCCCUCCAACCUGCGUAAAUCCAACUUCUUCCACUUCGUCCUGGCCAUGUACGACCGGCAGGGCCAGCCCGUGGAGAUCGAGCGCACCUCCUUCAUCGACUUCGUGGAGAAGGAGCGGGAACAGAACGGAGAGAAAACCAACAACGGCAUCCACUACCGGCUCCAGCUGCUCUACAGCAACGGGCUCAGGACUGAGCAGGACCUCUACGUCCGCCUCAUCGACUCCAUGUCCAAGCAGGCCAUCAUCUAUGAGGGGCAGGACAAGAACCCAGAGAUGUGCCGUGUCCUCCUCACCCACGAGAUCAUGUGCAGCCGCUGCUGUGACAAGAAGAGCUGUGGAAAUCGCAACGAGACCCCCUCGGAUCCAGUCAUCAUCGACAGGUUUUUCCUCAAGUUCUUCCUCAAGUGCAACCAGAACUGCCUGAAGAAUGCAGGCAACCCCCGGGACAUGAGGCGCUUCCAGGUGGUGGUGUCGACGACAGUGAACGUGGAUGGGCAUGUCCUGGCAGUGUCAGACAACAUGUUUGUCCACAACAACUCCAAGCAUGGGCGGCGGGCACGGCGCCUGGACCCCUCCGAAGCAGCCACCCCCUGCAUCAAAGCCAUCAGCCCCAGCGAGGGCUGGACCACGGGCGGUGCCACUGUCAUUGUUAUCGGGGACAACUUCUUCGACGGGCUGCAAGUUGUCUUCGGCACCAUGCUGGUGUGGAGCGAGCUCAUCACACCUCAUGCUAUCCGGGUGCAGACCCCCCCGCGGCACAUCCCCGGCGUGGUGGAGGUGACAUUGUCCUACAAGUCCAAGCAGUUCUGCAAAGGUGCCCCCGGGCGCUUCGUCUACACUGCACUGAAUGAGCCAACCAUUGACUACGGGUUCCAGCGGCUCCAGAAGGUCAUCCCCCGGCACCCCGGGGACCCUGAGCGCCUGCCCAAGGAGGUGCUGCUGAAGCGGGCAGCUGAUCUGGUGGAGGCUCUCUAUGGGAUGCCACACAGCAACCAGGGUGACCCCAGUCUCCGCGUGCCAUGGAGUGACUCUGUCCCCGUGCGUCCCCCUCCCCCACGCCAGGAUCUCAUCCUGAAGCGGGCAGCAGACAUCGCCGAGGCUCUGUACAGUGUGCCCCGCACCCCGGGCCAGCUCUCCUCGCUGGCGGGCACCCACGGCCCCGCCACCAUGAUGGGGGUGAACUCCUUUGGCACCCAGCUCGCCGUCAACAUCGGCGACUCCCCGCAGGGCACUGAGCAAGGUUUCUCGCGGAACACGGGCAGUGUCUCGCCACGGGGCUAUGUGCCCAGCUCCACGCCACAGCAGAGCGGCUACAGCGGGGCCACCGGCAUCGGUGGCUAUGGGGGUGGCACCAUGGCUGGGCUCGGGGUGCCUGGCUCCCCCAGCUUCCUCAACGGCUCCACAGCCAACUCUCCCUACGCCAUCGUGCCCGCCAGUCCCCCGCUCGGCGCCUCUUCCAUCACCCUCCCAUCGGGCACCAACGCUUCAACCCCCCCCGGGGUCUUCUCCUUCUCCCCUGUCAACAUGAUCUCGGCGGUGAAGCAGAAGAGCGCCUUCGCCCCCGUGGUGCGACCGCAGCCCUCCCCACCGCCCGCCUGUGCCAGCACCAGUGCCAGCAGCCUGCAAGACCCAGCCUUCGAGGACUCGGAGAAGUUCCCCACGCCUACGCGGCCGCUGCAGGGAUUGGCCUAUUCCUAAGCACACCGUGCCCAGCCACCUCGUGCCACCCCUGUGAGCCAGGACAACGCGGGAGCCACGACAUGGAGCAGGGCUGAGCGUGGCCUCGCGAUGCGGCCCCUCUGACCUGCUCCCCAGGGCUCCCGUUGGCAUGGGGGCACAGGGGGACUGUGGGAACCACCACUCCUCUGCCCCACAGCCACCCCGGCUUAGUGACCCUGGACACGGCCAGAGCCGAUGUGAUGUGGCAUGGCACAGCUUGGCUGGGUGGGCAGCACUGCUGGGGCCAGAGGGACCUUGGGGGUAAGCCCCCAGGAGUGAGCUGAACUCUCUGGGUUUGGACCCAGAAAGAUACAGAGAGACCAGGGGAGUGCGGGGCAGCUGUGGGCAUGAUGGGCUGGGGUGGGAGAGAUGGAUGCUCUGGGGCAGGAGGGAUGUGCCAAGGUGGCAUGGAUGCUCUGGAGCAAGAUGGAUGUGCUAAGGUGGCAUGGACAAUCUGGGGCAGGAGGGAUGCUCUGGGAUGUGAGGGAUGGAUGCUCUGGAGCAGGAUGAAUGUGCCAAGGUGCCAUGGAUGCUCUGGGGUGGGAGGGAUGGAUGCUCUGGAGGAGGAUGGAUGUGGUUGGAUGAAUGCUCUAGGAUGGAUGCUGUGAGAUGGGAUGUUCCAGAAUAGGAUGGAUGCUCUGAGCUGAGCUGGAUGCUCUGAGCUGAGCUGGAUGCUCCGAGGUUGCUCUGGAGCUUCAGGGCAGGAUGGUGGGGGAUAUCCCAGGACAAGACGGAUGCUCUGGAAUGGGAUGGAUGCUCCGAGAUAGGAUAGAUGUUCUGGGUUAGGGUGGGGAAAUGCUCCAGGGCAGGAGGGAUGUCCCAGGAUGGGGUGGAUGCUCCGGGCCAGGAUGGAUGUUCCAGGACAGGCUGGACGUUCCAGGACAGGCUGGCUGCCUGGGGAGCAGGGGAGCAGGACGGGAGCUCCGGUGGGACCUCUCUCUCCCACACACACUUCCCGGCUCUCUGCCUGCUGUGGUCAACGCUCGCUCUCCCCACAUGUGCAGCUCCACAUCUGGAGCCACCCACCCCGCAGCUCCCGGGGGUGCUGAGGCCGGAUCUCUGCCUGCAUUCCUCACCCCCACACAGGACCAGGACCCAGGUGUGUGGAGGAGGGUCCCGGGCUGCCUUGAACCGCCCCAAGCCAACCCCUCCGUGGAGACACCACAGUCCCCGUCCCGUCCCAGGCCACCACCGCAGCUCUUUUCUCAUCAUUAGCACCAUUAUUAAUAAUACUAUUAUUAUUUUUAGCAGCAGGCAAGACCCCCCCGGGCCCUGGCACUGCCUCCCCGCCCCCCCCUCCCCCCCAAACCCGCCGGGGUUUUCCUCCGCCUCUCAGCCAGAAAUUUUGUAAAUAAAGGGUAAAAGGGACAAAAAAACCAAACCAAACCAUGCCCACACCCCCUGCUCCCAUCCCACCCGGGGGGGGGGGGGUGGCCUGUGUCCUCAUCCCUCCGCCCGUGUCUUGUGUAAUGGUGACACUGCCGUGCCCUGAUCAGUGUCCCACUCCCCGUGCUGUUCUCGUUGCCCCUCACUCGGUGCUGGGUCCUCCCUGGGGUGACUACAGGCGUUCCGGGGGUAGGGAACAGCCCUGCACCCACCCCUGGGGACAGGGUCACCCCGCAGUGGUGGCACAGGGUCCCUCGGAGUUCGGGGAGGGGGCAUUCUGACAUGGAAAUAAAAGGUCUUGCAGAAGG